AUGAUUGCAGCAAAAUCUUUAAAUACAUUUAAGUCUGUAAAUAAAUUAUAUGGCCAAUUAGUAAUAGGCCCACCAGGAGCAGGGAAGACGACUUACUGCAGUGAAAUGUCAAAAUUAUUAAGAAAAAUAGAUAGAAAAGUUGUUAUCGUAAACUUAGAUCCAGCAAAUGAAUGUAUGACAUAUAAAGCAGAUAUUGAUAUAAGAGAUCUUAUUGGUCUUGAAAAUGUUAUGGAAGAACAUAGUCUGGGACCUAAUGGUGCUUUGGUUUAUUGUAUGGAAUAUUUGGAGAAGAAUUUAGAUUGGUUACUAGACCAAAUAAAAGGCGAUAAUGCUACAAAUUUUAUAUUCGACUUGCCCGGUCAAGUGGAGCUCUACAGUCAUCAUGAUUCUCUUAGUAAUAUAUUUAGUAAAUUAUCCAGUGUAAAUCAUAUGCAGCUCUGUGUUGUGCACUUGAUAGAUUCACACCACUGCUCUGAUGCAGGAAAAUUUAUAGCAGCACUGAUAUUAUCUCUGAAUGCCAUGUUGAAAAUUGGAUUACCGCACAUUAAUUUACUCACUAAAGUAGAUUUACUGAAGCAGCAUGCUGAUAAGCUCCAGUUUGGUAUAGAUUUCUAUACAGAAGUUUUAGAUUUAAAUUAUCUUUUGGAUAGUCUUGAUUCUGAUAAUUUCACAAAUAAAUAUAAGAAAUUGAAUAGUGCAUUGGUGUCUAUAAUUGAAGACUACAGCUUGGUCUCAUUCCAUUUAGUAGAUAUGUUUAAAGAGCAGAGUUUGAUUAAUGUUAAGAAAUUAGUGGAUAAAGCCAAUGGAUAUGUUUUCAAAUCAGAAGAGGGUAGACAUAUAAAUAGCAUGUUAGCUUGCGCUAUGGGUGUUACAGAUAAUUUAAACAAUGAUUUUGAAUAA